ACAGAGGAACAGCCUCAAUACUCCAAGCAGAACUAAGAUUUCAUUCUUCCUUCCCAAUUUCCAGGUGGCACCAUUUUCUUCUCUGCGGCCAGUGAAAACCAAAGUUGUAAUCUAAGCCUCAUUCAAUUUUUGGAUGGUAUCAACUUCUGAGGUCUAAUGGGUGGAGAUGGCGUACUUAAGACCUAACUUUUGGGAUCCAGCCAUGAAAGUUUCUAAGACUAUGGGUGGAAGAUACUUACUAGUCAUUAAGUGGUUUUCAGGAACCAAGGGGGAGACCAUGUGCUGUGUGGGAGUUCACUAUGUAGCCUAAGCCUAAGGAAAGCUUGGUAGAGGAGGAUCUUUUGCAGCAUAAUCUGGUGCUUCAUGCUUGAUAAAGCUUUUAUACAGAAUUUGACAGGAGAAUCAUGAAUUACCUAGUUGGAGCUUUCAAGCCACCAUGUAACAUUUCAAUUUCAUUUGCUGAUGGAAGGACUCGCAAACAGGUUCCAUUGAAGAAGGAAAAUGGUCAAACAGUAAAGGUUCCUCUCUUCCAAAGUCAAGAGAAUAUUGUGGGCGAGGUUGUCAUAGAACCAACACAAGGAAAGAAGGUUGAACAUACUGGUGUGAAAAUUGAGCUCCUUGGUCAGAUAGAAAUGUACUUUGACAGGGGCAACUUUUAUGAUUUCAGCUCUCUGGUGCGUGAGCUUGACGUUCCCGGUGAAUUAUAUGAAACAAAGACAUAUCCUUUUGAAUUUUCGACUGUUGAGAUGCCAUAUGAGUCAUACAAUGGAAUCAACGUAAGGCUUAGGUACAUUUUAAAAGUGACAGUUGGUCGUAACUUUGUGAGCAAUAUAGUGGAGUACCAGGACUUUGUGGUUCACAACUACACUCCACUGCCAUCAAUUAAUAACAGCAUUAAGAUGGAAGUUGGAAUUGAGGAUUGUCUACACAUUGAAUUCGAAUACAGUAAAAGCAAGUAUCACCUGAAGGAUGUUAUCAUUGGAAAAAUUUAUUUUCUUCUUGUGAGAAUCAAGAUGAAAAACAUGGAGCUUGAGAUUAGGCGUCGAGAGUCAACAGGAUCAGGGCCUAAUACUUAUGUUGAGACUGAGACCCUCGCAAAAUUUGAAGUGAUGGACGGUGCUCCUGUCAGAGGAGAAUCAAUUCCAAUCAGGCUGUUCCUGAGUCCUUAUGAAUUGACCCCAACAUAUCGCAACAUCAACAACAAGUUCAGUGUGAAGUACUUUUUGAAUCUUGUUCUAGUGGAUGAUGAGGAUCGUCGGUAUUUCAAGCAGCAAGAAAUCACAGUAUACCGCCUUCUUGAAACCUCUUGAUUCUGCAUUCAGUUCCGAGGAGCUCAAACAUAUUCCCAUGAAAAGAAAGGAUCAGUAUGCACCUUAACUGACAACUGCAGUGGCUUACUCUGUUGGAUCCUUUCCUGUAUUCACAUGAUCUAUAAGGGAUUUAGUUCUGUUGUCCAAACCAACAGUGCUUACAUUGGCCAGCCUCCUUUUAUCAAAAGGGCAUGCUAUGUUGCAGUGCUUGUUGGACUAUCUGUUUCGUCUUUUACCUAGGGCUUGUUCAGUACUUGGAAAUGGAAAUUUAAAGUGGGAUUUGAGAUUUUUUUUUUUUUCCUUUUUUCAUGACUGAGUUCUUGAAGCUUAUUCUUUUAAACAAAUUAUAUCAUACAAAUGGUCAAUUGUGAAUCGUCUUGAUGUAUGUGGAAUAUUUGACCGCCAAUUAUCAAAUGUUAUGAUGUUCAUUUUCCGCUGGUAGGAA